UCCGCACCGCACGGCACCGCAGUCCGCCAGUCCGCAGGGUUCUUCUUCAUCGCCGCCUCCGGAAGCUUCCACCCCGCGAGCGGGCAAGCUAGAUCGCCGGGGCUGAGCCAUGACUCAGCCGCUCGUCUACUGCCCCAACGAUGCCCUUAAGAAGGAUCUAAUGAACGCGGCCAUCGACGGCAACCUUGGUCUCCUCAAAGGUAUUAUAAAGAAUCUUACCAAAGGAAAGGGUGACCCAUCGGCGAUUUUUUCUUUCAACAUCAAUGGAUAUUCUGUGUUGCACACGGCGGCAUGUUUUGCACAACUGGAGGUUUGCAAGUAUUUGGUGGAGGAGCUUAAUGGAGAUGUAAAUGCUCCUGGAUAUGGAGCUGGUGCUCUAGGGGGUGCAACUCCAUUUAUGUUGUCAGCCUCGUCUGAUGAUGUUGCUACAGUCAAGUAUUUUCUUGAUCAUGGUGGUGAUAUAUUGAAAGCAGAUGACAAAGGACGCACAGUUCUCCACCAUGCUGUGGCUGCAGGAUGCUGCAACGUGACAGAGUUCCUCCUUUCAAAAGGAGUUCCAAUCGACAUAAACUAUGGCCGUGGAACACCAGCAUUUGUGGCUGCUGCAAAUGGGAAGGAUAACACACUGAAGAUUUUGUUGGAUCACAACGCAAAUCCUAAUAUCAUUGUCACCAGUUUGGGAAGUCCGCUGUUUAUGGCUCUUACUCAGCGUUCACUCAAAUGCAUGGAGACACUCGUUGAGGCUGGUGCCGAUAUUAACUGCAAGGGUUGCACCAUGUCUCCAUUGGUAUAUGCUACAAUGCGAGAAGGUUGUACCAACUUCAUUCGGUUUCUGUUGAAGGCUGGAGCAGAUCCUAAUAUCCCCGAUGAUUUGGGUAGGUUGCCGGUAGUGCUUGCUGCAGUACGUGAUUGCAUGGAAGAGGUUGAAAUGUUGUUUCCUUUAACUUCCCCAAUUCCAAAUGUCCCAAACUGGAGUGUUGAGGGAGUAGUUUCUCAUGCAAAAAUUGAAGAUAAAAAGCCAAUGGAGCUUAGGGACCAUCAAAGAAGAAAAAAUUUCUUGAAGUUACAAGCUGAUGCGGCAUUCGAGCAGAAGGAGUAUAAGAUUGCAUCACAGUUAUAUGAUAUGGCAAUAUGUCAUGAAGAGUGUGCAACAGUGUACUGCAACAGGAGUCUUUGUAAACUGCUCAUGGGUGAUGGUAAAGGUGCUUUGUCAGAUGCUCUCAGGUGCAGAGUGCUGCAACCUCAUUGGGCAAAAGCUUGCUGUCGUCAAGGUGCAGCUCACAUGCUACUCAAGGAGUAUGAACAAGCCUGUAAUGCUUUCUUGGAUGCACAAGAUCUGGAUCCUGGAAAUGCUGAAAUUGAGGGUGAACUAGGGAAGGCUAGGGAGCUCAUGAAGAAUCCUUCAGGCGAAGGUGAGCAGUGAGGCGCGGGCGGGCGCAGGCUGGAACAUGUUCUACUUUUCACUGAAGUGGAGCUAGCGGGAACUUCUAAUCCUUGUGUCUUGAUUUGAAUUUCAUGGGAAACUGCAGACUGCUACAACGAGAUUUUGUAUGAAAUUUUCUCGUCUUGCCUGUGGAUCGUACUUGCCGUAUGCAAUUACUUUUAUUU